AUGACUUCGCAAACUACAAUAGAAACAUUAUCAAAUGAAAUUCUUCUUCAUAUAUUUUCUCAUCUGUCAUGGGCUGAUUUAUUAACAUCUUUAUGGUCCUUAAAUAUCCGUUUCAAUUCUCUUCUUUGCUCAACUCUCUCAGUAAAUAGUAAUUUACUGAACACUGGCCUUGUUUUUACAUUAGGUUCAUCUUAUAAUAAGUUGUAUUCAACAUUAUUUCCAUUGAUAUUGAAUUCGUCAUGUCUGUCAUCUUGUAUUCAACGUAUUCAUUUUGAUGAAAGAAAUUCAAUUGUUCGUGAUUGCGUUUAUCAAUGGUUAUUUAAUGAUAAAGAAAUUAUUUUUCCCAAUCUCAAAUCACUUAUACUUACUCAAUGUAGAUUAAAGGAACCAUUGAUUGAAAGUUUAGUUUAUCUUAUUGAACGUCAACUGGAUGAACUUAUAUUAAACUUUGCCGAAGACAAUUUCAUGGUACCUGAUUGUGUAAGAAAAGAUUCACCAUUGGUUAUUGAUGAAAAGAAACAAACGAGUAUGAUGAAGCAACUCUUUGGCCUCCUGUUUUCUGGUCAAUGUCAACUAAAAUCUCUUCAACUUGAUAUUAAUAACCAUUUUUUGAAUCAGGACAUUCAUCACUGUUUAACAUCACACUAUGAUCCCUCAAUGGAUCGUUGUUUUACUCUGCGGCAUUUAGAUGUUCGAAUGGCAUGUACAUGUUUGCUUGAAAAUCUUAUUGAACGUGUACCAAAUCUUGAACGAUUGUCCGUUCAUUUUCAGUCUUCAUUAGAUUUUGAUUCAUUAUGGAAAAUAAAUCCUGACAUAUUGGAACAAUCAAAUGAAAAUUGGUUUAAUAAAAUACCAAAGCUACGAUGUUUUAGUUUGAACAUAUCGGUCGAUAACAAUAGAGAAUUUACUUAUUUGAAAUGGUUAUUGAAUAAUGUGGAUUAUGUUGAAAAACUAGAAAUUCAUCUUAAGAACUAUGAGAGACAAAAAACAGAAUCCAGCAAUAUAUGGAAAUCUUUCAUUGAUGCCAAUUUUGUCCGUCAAUAUUGUUUACCUGAUAAAAUAAUUAAUUUAAUUGAUUUCAAUUUUUAUAUUUGUUCACAAUAUGAAUUAUCAACAGAUGAUAUUGAAACAACAAUAAAUUCAUUUAAUAAUCAUCCGUUUUUUCUUGAUCAUCAGUGGACCAAUGUGAAAUGUUUAUAUGAUCCAAUAAUAUCAUUUCAACAUCUUUUCUCUGAUUUUAGAAAUUCAUCUAAAUUCUCUUGUCACCCUUAG